AUGGGCGACAGCGAGGAGUUCGUUCGAAUAGUAGGGGACCAGACGGGCUGGUUCGGGCGGCAGCUGCUCAUGCCGGACAACGACUACGUCCAGGCCUUCGAUAUCGUCAUCAUGUUCCUGCUGAUCUUCGUCUUCGUCACGCUGCCGCUCUGCCUCGCCUUCGAGCGGACGAACAAGGCGCUGCGGACCGUGAAUCUGAUCUGCGACGGCAUCUUCUUCAUGGACAUCAUGAAGAACUUCAACACGGGCUACGUCAACGAGCAGAAGGUGAUCAUCGUCCAGCGGGACCGCGUCGUGAACAACUACCUGCGGACCUGGUUCCUCAUCGACCUGCUGAGCUGCUUCCCGAUCACGGAGAUCGUCGAGGUCGCGGGCUCCAAGGGCAACCAGAUGUUCAACGGCAAGAAGGUGCUGAAGAUGCUAAGGUUGGUGCGCAUGACGAAGCUCAUCAAGCUCCUGCGGGCGUCCCAGCUCGUCAACAAGGUGCGGCACCAGUGGGUCGUGACGAUGGAGUACUACCACAUCCACGUGUCCGACUCCGUGCUGAAGCUCGUGCGCCUCUUCAUCAUGAUGCUCACGCUGGCCCACUGGGGGUCCUGCAUCCUCUUCCUGCUCCUGCGCACCUACAAGUACCCGAAGCAGUCCUGGGCCGUGCUCUGGAAUUUGGUGGAGCACACGACGGGCGACGAGGUCGUGUCCGUGGGCCACGCGUAUUCCUGGGGCGUCUACAAGUCGCUGCUGUUGGUGGUCGGCCAGGCCUUCCAGGAGUUCCCCGCGGCGCAGAUCUGCGUGACGACGCGGGGCUGGUGCCUCAUCGAGUCGUGGAUGACGCUCGUCGGCACCUUCGUCGGCACGUUCUUCAACGCCGCCGUCGUGUCGACGAUCACGGCGAUUAUUGUGAAUUCUAACGUCUCCACCCAGGAGUUCGAGGAGCAGCUGCUGAGAACCAACGAGUACAUGCGCGCGCUCCACCUGCCGACGGAGCUCCGGGACCGCAUCCGCGACUACUACUUCCACCGGUGGUCCGAGGGCAAGAUCUUCGACGAGUCGCUCAUCCUGGAGCGGCUGAACCCGGAGCUCUGCACGGAGAUUUUAUUCUACAAGAUCCGCGAGCUCAUCCCCAAGGUGCCGCUCCUGCGGACCGCGGGCAAGCGGUUCCCCGAGAUUCUGGCGACGGCGAUGGACCCGCAGGUCUUCAUCGAGGGCGACGCCGUCUUCAUCGAGGGCGAGCACGGCCAGAUGAUGUACUUCAUCGACAAGGGCCUCGCGGAGAUCUUGGUGAGCGCCGUGGGCAACGAGGUCGUGCGGCUCAUCGCCGACGGCUGCUUCUUCGGCGAGGCCGCGUGCAUCUUGAAGUGCCGGCGCACGGCGACGAUCCGCUGCAAGCAGAUCAUGUCCGUCUACGGCGUCCACCGCGACACCAUCGAGCCCUGCCUCACGGACUACCCGGACGUCGGCGAGUACCUCGUCCGCCUCGCGAAGACGCGCGUCGAGCGGCUCCAGCAGCUCCAGGUCAACGCGCGGCUCACCGAGGGCGAGACGCUCCUCGACGCCGAGGACGAGGAGGACAUGCGCACGCCCCUCUUCCAGUCCGCGACCAAGUCCUGGAACUCGACGAUCAAAUACAACGCGAACCAGGCCGGCGGCGGCCGCGGCGGCAUCAAGAUCCGCCAGUCCAUCUGGGCCAAGAAGAAGAACCAGAUCAUCGCCGCGCGCGACGGCGACGACGGCGACGCGGCCGACCCGGCGCCGCCCUUCACGGACGACCGGGACACGGCGCAGAAGCAGAAGCUCCACCGGGUCCGCAACGUCACCGUCCUCCAGGUGCCGAAGACCUAG